UCCUUUUGUCGGAUCCGUUUCGACCUGACUCCCCGGGGUUUACUGCUGAAAAAAGACACUUUAAUAUCCAUAAAACCAUUAACACGACUUUCGUUUUGAUUAAUAACAUCGCGUGUUCGUUGCUGACAAGAAAGUUGCAGUGACAGUUAUCUUGGUUUGUAACCAGAGAGGAGGAUGGAGUAGGCAGAGCUGGAAUUAGAUGCUGUUAAAAGUUCCUCUCUAGAAGCUAUCAGAGGCUCGGCGAGUCCGUGAGGACUUGCCCACCGACACUUCGCCAUGAAUGGCAGCAGCAGCGUCUCUCAGGCGGCCCGAAUCAAGAGCGAGUCAGAUGCAUGGACAAAGGAAGAUUGCCUGACGCUGCUGGAGAGAAUUCGCAGCCUUCUUCCUGAUGGGGACGGUAUGAAGUACAAGACCACUGAGUCGCACUUUGAUUGGGAGAAGGUGGGCUUCGCCGACUUCACCGGGGACAUGUGCAAGAAGAAGUGGCAGAAGGUCUCCACUGAGGUGCGGAAGUACCGCACCAUGACGGAGCUCAUCAUCGAUGCCAUCGAGUACGUAAAGAACCCCUACAAGGGGAAGAAGCUGAAGACGCACCCAGACUUCCCCAAGAAGCCUCUGACGCCGUACUUCCGCUUCUUCAUGGAGAAGCGCGCCAAGUACGCCAAGAUUCACCCGGAGAUGAGCAACCUGGACCUCACCAAGAUCCUGUCCAAGAAGUACAAGGAGCUUCCAGAGAAAAAGAAGCUCAAGUACAUCCAGGAGUUCCAGCGAGAGAAGGAGGCCUUCGAGAAGAACAUGGCUCGCUUCAAGGAGGACCACCCAGAGCUCAUCGAGGAAAGGAAGAAAUCCGAUCUCCCGGAGAAGCCCAAGACACCCCAGCAGCUGUGGUACAACCACGAGAAGAAGACCUACAUGAAGCUGCAUCCAGAUGUGAGCCAGAAGGAGCUAAAGGAAGCCCUGCGCCGACAGUGGUCCCAGCUGUCCGACAAGAAACGCCUCAAGUGGAUCAGCAAGGCCCUGGAGCUGCAGAAGGCCUAUGAGGACAGCAUGAGAGCGUACCAUGAGGCGCACCCCGACUCCAACUCCGACGAGCACGUCAAGUCUGUCCUGACCAAGGCUGAGCGGCAACUCAAGGACAAGUUCGACGGGCGGCCCACCAAGCCCCCUCCGAACGGCUACUCGCUGUACUGCGCAGAGCUGAUGGUGAACAUGAAGGACGUUCCCAGCACGGAGCGCAUGGUGCUGUGCAGCAAGCAGUGGAAGGUGAUGACGCAGAAGGAGAAGGACAUGUUCCAGAAGCGAUGCGAGCAGAAAAAGAAGCAGUAUGAGAUGGACCUGCAGAGGUUUCUAGAGAGCCUGCCGGUGGAGGAACGGGACCGGGUGCUGACAGAGGAGAAGCUGGCGGGGUCCCGGCUGGGUUUGGGGAACAUGGGAGCCCCUCUGAGUGCCAAGCCCCCCCCAGGCAAGGACCGGUGUCGCGACCCCGACCUCGAACAGUGGGUCCAGGGCCUGGCCAAGGAGAAGCGCGACGGCAAGAAGCGGACGCGCCUCCCGGAGACGCCCAAGACGGCGGAGGAGAUGUGGCAGCAGAGCGUCAUCGGGGACUACCUGGCCAAGUACAGGAGUGACCGUAAGAAGGCGCAGUGCGCCAUGGAAACGGCAUGGAAGUCCAUGGAGAAGAAGGAGAAGAUCCCCUGGAUCAAAAAGGCGGCUGAAGACCAGAAGCGAUACGAGGUUCAGUACCAGCCCGUGAGGGAGCUGCUAGAAAUGAGGACACCCCAGGCAGGCCAGUGUCAGAGGAAACCCAAAUUUGAUGGGGAACCCAAGAAGCCCCCAGUGAGCGGGUACCAGAUGUUCUCCCAGGAGCUGCUGACGAACGGGGAGCUGAACCACUUCAGCCUGAAGGAGCGCAUGGUGGAGAUCGGCAAGCGCUGGCACAAGCUGAGCCAGAGCCAAAAGGACAAGUACAAGAAGCUGGUGGAGGAGCAGCAGCUGGAGUACAAGGCCGAGCUGGAGGCCUGGGUCAAGUCCCUCUCUCCUCAGGAACGCGCCGUUUAUAAAGAGUUCUCCACCACGAAGCGGCGCAGUACGUCCAAGGCGCGGGGCCCGGGGGCAAAGGUGCGCGUGGCGAAGGGGAAGGCGGUAGGUGCCAGAGCCGGAGGACUGGGGGCCGGGGGGGGCAAGCGCUCGAUGGCGUACAGGGUCAAGCAGGACACAUCAGAUUCAGAGGACGACGAGGAAAAGACAGACACGUCUGAAUCCGAAGAGGAGGAAGACGAAGACUCUUCGGGAAGCACAGACAGCGAUGAGGAUGACGAGAACGAUGAUGAUGACGAUGACGACGAUGACGACCAGUCAGACGCAACCAGCAGCUCAACCACAGACAGCAGCGACUCUGACUCGGACUAACCCCGCCCCCACUGGAGGAGGGGCUACGUGGGAUGCAAAUGCCCUAAACCCCGCCUCUCCCCAGUGAUAGGACGGGGGGUCUACGAGGAGGCGAUCUCAUGCUGCCGGCAGACGGAUUCUCGCCGUCACAGAAGGCCGAGGGCUAAGGGCAGCAAAGACUGUUAAUCAACAGAGGAUUUCCCUCUCAAAGGAGGUGUGUUACUUGUGUGUCUAUUACAUCGUUUUUAAUGACCUUUCUUGAGGUGUGUUACUGAAAACCAUGUUGCCCAUUUUUUAAAAAAACAAAAUGGACACAUUAAAAAAAUGGGUUUUUGGGACAUGCGAUUGGUGUGUGCUAAGACAUUGACAGGGGAGACAGACUCCUCAAGCCUGUGUGUCUGUCUGCCUGCCUGUCUGACCGCUCCACACAUCCAUAUGUGAGGAGGAAGAACUGUUUUUGUUAC